AUGCUUGUGUAUGGCUGCCAUCCUGCCGAGAUCUUAUUCGUCCACCGUAGCAAGAGCCACCCGGACGUUGUCGGGGAAGUGCUGAAGAAAUAUCUCGCGCAAAAGUGUACUGUCGAGGCUUGUACCACUUCCAACAAGUCUCUUCAUGUGCCGCAGCAGUUGGGCCGUUGUGCGGUCGCGGAGGUGUGCAGUGGGCGGGCGUCAGGGCAGUACCGGUACGACCAGAAGUACAUGUCCGGAGUAUUCACCAAUAGCACUCACGCACUGACUCUCGAAACGGAGCAGAGCAUAAAAGCAAAGCUGUGCGCCAUUAAAGCAAAGUACCUCAACAUAGCCUUCGGAAUUUCAGUGUACGACAUCGACGCAGACAUGGAGGACAAGAGCUGCGCACAAGUGGAAUACACGGGCCGGUACAAACGGCUCAAACUCCUCAAGAGGAUAAGAGACUUUCUGAAAGGUUACACGGCAAAGAAUAUGAAACAGGCAUGCGAAAAUCUCUAAACGCGAAGGACAAUGACUCUUAUAGCGCGGUGAUCAAUGUGUCGGGUGCCUUUGCAGAGCAAGGCGUCCAAACUUGUUUGCAUUAUAAUUUCUAAUAUAUACGUUAUAUUAAUAAA